GAACCGCCGAAUACUGUGUCAAGCAGUCUGCGGCUCCCGUCGAGGAAUCCCGGGCAUCUGCACUGAAUGAUACCUGCCUGGCUUUACUUAUCCUUCUCACAAACCAACAGAAAGUGGAUUUUUAUUCCCACUACACAGGCGGCAACCCUGCACCUACGACCGCAGCCUCAUUUCCCAGCCCGCUUCAUGCAUCUCGUGGUACGACCAUGCGGAACACAAUUUAACCUGCCAUCCUUUGCCCCUUGGCCGUCCUGUGUCUGACGCCAGCGAUCCAAAGCACUGCCGGUUCCCAGCUCUGGAAGGGCUCAAACGGGACCGGGAAAGGGUUGGCUUUCAGGCCCAGGAAGAUCAGGGUCCACUCAGUGGCCCCAUGAGCCAACUGCGCCACAUGGCUAGCAACUACGAUGAGCGCUGCGACGGGCAGGACGGGGGGGAACUGGACCCCGAGUUGGGACUGGGUUCUGAGGGCAGCGACAGCGGCCAUGAGAACACAGCCUCACUCAGCUCCUCCCACGAUGACAGGAAGAGACAACGAUCACCUUUACAUGAGGACGUAGAGAUGGGUGGAAGCGGCUCCAGUGGGAGUGGCACAGAGUCCCAUGGUAACGAGUCCCACGGCAAUGAGUCCCAUGGCAACGAAUCUGUCGGCAGCUCGAAUGGCAAUGAAAAGGAUUCUGCUAUUAUGGAGUCUUCGGAGAGCAACAAGAGCUCCAACUCUCACAGCCCCUCCCCACCGAGCAGCUCCAAUGCCUUCAGCCUGGUGAGCUCCGAGCAGGACAACCCGUCCACCAGCGGCUGCAGCAGCGAACAGUCCGCCAAAGCUAAGACACAGAAGGAGCUCUUCAAGACCCUGAAAGAGCUGAAGAUGCACCUGCCUUCAGAGAAGAGGAGCAAGGGCAAGUCCAGCACCGUCAGCACGCUCAAAUAUGCCCUGCGCUGCAUCAAGCAGGUGAAAGCCAAUGAAGAAUACUAUCAGAUGCUGAUGACCAAUGACAGUCAGCCCUCAGGCUUUGAUGUGUCGUCCUACACCAUCGAGGAGAUCAACACCAUCACCUCAGAAUACACCAACAAAAACACUGAUAUAUUUGCCGUCGCUGUUUCCCUCAUCACGGGGAAGAUCGUUUACAUCUCGGACCAGGCGGCAUCCAUCUUGAACUGUAAGCCAGAAGUUUUCAAAAAUGCCAAGUUUGUGGAGUUCCUGACGCCUCAGGACGUCAGCGUGUUCUACAGCUUCACGACGCCGUACCGCCUGCCCUCGUGGAGCAUGUGCACCGGAGCCGAAUCGUCUCCCACGGAGUGCAUGCAGGAGAAAUCCUUCUUCUGCCGCAUCAGCGGGGGUAAGGAGCGUGAGGGCGAUCUCCAGUACUACCCUUUCCGCAUGACUCCCUACCUGAUGAAGGUGCAGGACGCGGACCUGGCUGAGGAGCAGUUCUGCUGUCUCCUGCUGGCCGAGAGGGUGCACUCUGGAUACGAAGCUCCCAGAAUCCCCACUGAUAAGCGGAUCUUCACCACGACGCACACGCCUAACUGUGUGUUCCAGGAUGUAGAUGAGAGGGCCGUGCCUCUGCUGGGUUAUCUACCUCAAGACCUGAUCGGGACGCCUGUCCUGCUGAACCUGCAUCCCAGUGACCGGCCCUUGAUGCUGGCUGUUCAUCGCAAGAUUCUCCAGUACGCCGGUCAGCCGUUUGACCACUCCUCCGCCCGUUUCUGUACACGAAACGGCGAAUAUGUCACCAUCGACACCAGCUGGUCCAGCUUCGUCAAUCCCUGGAGCCGCAAAGUCUCCUUUGUCAUCGGCAGGCACAAAGUCCGGAUGGGUCCCGUCAACGAAGAUGUGUUUGCAGCGCCGGCUUUCCACGGUGGAAAGAUGAUUGACUCAGACAUCCAGGAAAUCAGCGAGCAGAUCCACAGGCUGCUCCUCCAGCCGGUCCACAACAUGGGCUCCAGUGGUUAUGGCAGCCACGGGAGCAACGGUUCUCACGAGCAACAGGUGAGCAUCAGCUCCUCCAGCGAGAGCAACGGCAACGCCGUGGCUGGGAACGCGCCGGAGGAGACGAGCAAGACCAAGCCCUCCAGAACUUUCCAGGAGAUCUGCAAAGGAGUCCACAUGCAGAAGAACCAGGAUUAUCAGGCCGGUCUGCGCUCCUCGUCACCAUGGCAGUCCAGGCACGAGCAGAGGAAGAACACAGACACAUCAGCAGCUCAGAAGAGUUCGCCAGCGCGAGUGAAGGACUCGACGGCCGCUGUGCACGGCAGAGACAUGGAGGACUUCAGCUACAAGGACCAGACUGUCUGCUCCUACCAGCAGAUCAGCUGCCUCGACAGUGUCAUCAGGUAUCUGGAGAGUUGUAAUCUUCCUGUCACGGUGAAAAGGAAGUACCAGUUCUCAUCCAAUACCACCUCAUCCAACUCAGACGAUGACAAAAGGGACACGGAGGACGGGAUGCACCUGCCUCAGGACACUCAGCCCGGCCUGUCAAACAUAAAAGUCCCCAAGAAGCCGCCACCUGGGACAGCUGCUGUGGUGGGGGGCGGCCUGGCCCCCCUCACCCUGCUCAGCAAGGCUGAGAGCGUGGUGUCCAUCACCUCGCAGUGCAGCUACAGCAGCACCAUCGUCCAUGUGGGGGACAAGAAGCCCCAGCCAGAGUCUGAGAUAAUCGAGGACGUUGCAGAGAGCCCGGCGCCCCUCGCCCUGCCUGUCAGUAUGGUGUCCCCCCCGAGCCUGGAGAAGGAGCCCUACAAGAGGCUGGGGCUGACCAAGCAGGUGCUGGCCGCUCACACCCAGAAGGAGGAGCAGGCCUUCCUGAACCGCUGCCGGGAGCUGCGCCACGCCAGGAGCUUCCAGAAGGAGUGCUCCUCGUACCUGCGCAAGCAGCGAGCUGCAGACCACGCUGAAGAAUCCUCUGGACCACGAGGGGCAGCCAAGCAAGGGUCGGCCAGGCCUGAAACCACCGUGAAGAAGGGCAGCCGCAACAGGAAGUCCAAGAAACCCCGAAUGAAGCACCCCGACUCCUCCGACAGCGCUGACUCGCACCGGCGACCCCGGCCCCCUCUUCAGGGCCUCAACCAGACCUCCUGGUCCCCGUCGGAGGCCUCCCUGUCGGCCUUUAGCGUGUCCUACCCCACCAUGGUGCCUGCGUACCCGCUCUACCCGCCCACGCCGGCUGCUCCGGCUCAAGCCCCUCGGCCCGACCCCUCUCUCUCCACCGCCUUCGGAGAGGUGCAGAGCGCCGCGGCUCCGCCCCCCGCCGCCCCCUUCCCCGCUCCCAUCGUCACGCCCGUGGUCACGCCCGUGGUCGCCCUCGUGCUGCCCAAUUACCUCUUCCCCCAGAUGGGGCCGUUGGGUCAGAUAGGCCAGCUCGCAGCUGCACCGCCCGCCUACUCCACCCAGCAAGCCUUUCCGCCCCCCCAGCCGGCCUACGCCAUGCAGGCGCAGCCCGCCUUCACCGGCCCGCAGCCGUACCCCGUGCAGACCGCCUUCACCUCCCCGCAGCCGUUCCAGGCCGCUCCGGCCCCCUACAGCGCCCAGCCGCCUUUCCAGGCGCCGCAGGCCGCGUACGCCCCCCCGCAGCCCUUCGCCGCUCCGCCUCCGUUCACUCUGCAGACCCAGUUUGUAGCCCAGCCCCCGUAUCCCCCCCAGCCCUUCACCUACACCAUCGCCCCGGAGCUUCCCAAAAACCCCGCGGUGGAACCCAGGGAGGGCGCCGCCUCGCGGUCCUCCACCCCGGCGUCCGCGGCGCGGGAGCCCACCACGUCCCCGCCGCUGUUCGAGUCGCGCUGCAGCUCCCCGCUGCAGCUCAACCUGCUGAGCAUGGAGGAAGGGCAGCGGUCGGUGGAGCGCCAGGACAGCACGGCGGCCUCCGCCGGCGGCCUGGGUGGCUCCGCAGGCGUGUCCGGCGGAGCGGAGAAGAACGGAGUCGCAGCAAAGAGCGAUAAUCACCAGGGGGAAUGUCCAGGCAACGGGCUUCACAGUGACGGCAACUCUUCGUCCUGCGACCUGCUGGACAUCCUGCUGCAGGAGCAGGAGCAGGAGGACUCCCGCUCCGGCACCGGCUCGGCCACCUCCUGCUCCAUGGGCUCAGGAUCCAGGUCCGGCUCUGCGUCGGGCUCGGGCAGCAACGGCUUUCGGACCUCGGCCAGCGGAGCCUCUUGCAGCAGAACAGGAAGCAGCAACACCAGCAAGUACUUUGGUAGUGUCGACUCUCUGGAACACGAUCCCAAAAUGAGGGGCGAUGGAGGCUCGGUGGGGGGCAAGUCGCAGGCCAAAGUCUCGGCUCAAGGGGAAGGGGAGGACUUCAUCAAAUACGUCCCGCAGGAGCCGCUGUGGCUUCUCAUGGCCAACGCUGACGAUAAGGUCAUGAUGACGUAUCAGAUGCCCUCUAGGGACAUCCAGAGGGUUCUGCGAGAGGACAAGGAGCGGCUGAGGCAGAUGCAGAAGAACCAGCCUCACUUCACCUCGGACCAGCGGCGGGAGCUGGUGGAGGAACACCCCUGGAUGAGGAGAGGAGGUCUGCCAGCAGCUAUAAAUGUCAAGGAGUGUGUUUACUGUGAAGAUGCAGCCGCUGGGCACAUCGAGGAAGGCCUCUCCGGCAUGGACAUGGGAGAGCUGGUCCAGGGCCUGGCCAGGAAGGGCCACAGCAGACACCCAGACUCUGUCUCGUGAACAUGAACUCAGCCGAUAGUUGGACUUUCAUUCAGACGUGGGCUGUUGUGGUGCACACAUACCAAUGACACAUGAUGGAUGUGUGCCCGAGCAUCGACAAUAGCACACUCACACGCAGCAGGCAGGUCUCUGCGUUGCCAAAGUGACGAUUACGAGCGGAUGUGCCGGUGCUGUGUUGGUGCAGUGCUGGGUACAGCUCUUAGUUAAUCCUUAGACACGACAGUAGUGCUUUAUGUGGGUUGUGUAGGAAUGACUCGCAUAUAGCAUUUUUGCCACACAGGCAGUCACCUCGUGCUGGUUUUGAACUGAUAUUUCCCCAUCCUCUCUGUGAGAAGCAGAGCAGAUCGAGUCGAUGGCAAAUGUACGUCCUCAAAACCGUCUAGAAAUAUUCCCUUCGAGCCAUCCAACUUUUCUGUUCUGUGGUUUGUUUAGUUUUUUUCCUGACCUGCCCCCGUGGCCCCAUUGAAGGCCUUCAGGUCCCAGCCAGCCUGUUGUUUCCCCAUCUGGGUCCAUGUGGAGUGGUUGCUGUGCUCACUGGAGGAUGGAAGCGAGAUCAGCAGGACCAGGGACUCAUUUUUAUUUUUUUUAUACAUGAAUAGGUUUGAAUGUCACCGCGACGGGUGUUCAAAGUAUCAAUGUGCACAGCAGUGUCAGGACCUGAUCCGGCAGCCGACAGAUUCCCAUCAAGGCUGACGGUUUUUUAUUGUAAAUGGUGACAAUCUUGUACAAUCUUGUACAUAAAAGCUAGUCAUUACAGAAUAUUAUUUAUUUUUAAUAGCAAGUGUAUCUAGAAAACUUUUAAAGCUAAAGCCAAACGAGUACAGGUAUACGGUUAUAUACAGUAUUAACACUUCACAUACUUUGACAGGAAGCUUUAUAGGAGGUUUAAGUCUGAAUCUCACAUGCGUGUGUUCUCUGAUAGCAUCCAAAUGUUGCUGACCUCCUUAAUACAGCACCGGUGCUAUGGAAAAGUGGGUACCAUCACAGUUUAAGAGGCUGUCUAAAUAUUUUUGUAAGUAAAUGUUAUUGUAAAGAAACCAGAAUUAGAAAUUUGUUACACAAAAAUUGUAAUCUGGACCUGUAUAAAAAAAUACGGGGCUCAAACCUGAAGAUUUGUGGAAAUUUUGGGACUUGGGAUUCUUAAGAUUUUAUUUGUUUGUUUUUUUUAACCUUUAAUUUGUAUUUUAAAUGUAUUUUAUGACUUCAGAGAAAGUUGUAUCCGUUCAGAUUGAAGCAUAUUGCGGGAACUCGAGCAUCAGCACAACAUCAUUUUUGCUUUGCCCCUUCAGACCAUUUCCCAACAUUUUUCACUUAUUUUCUCAUUCUAUUUUUGGAAAAGAGAUUAUACAGUAGCACUUAAUUAUCUGUCAAAGCAAUUUUUUUAAAUCUAUUUAUAAUAAGCAUAUUUUAGGCACCCAGUCACCAGCCUCUGCAGGCGUGUGUGUGCAGCAAUAAGGAUGCUUGACCACUGUUGGUCCCAACAGUGUUUGACUCUGAGAUCGAUAUUGGACAUCGACACUGAAAUCUGCAGCGGGGGGGAAACCAGAUUACAAGUGUAGCAUAAAAGAGGAUGAUAUUCUCUCAGUAAACCUCGAGCGAAAUGCUGGCUCAGACAGCAGAUGGUCAGAGAAGCAUCAGCGGCCGUGCAGGCCCCUCCCGUCCUCUGGCGUGAAGUGUAAAGGUAGCUGCGAUCCGGCAGUAUAGAAACUAAAAUCUACUGGUGCUAAUGCAGAGAAACUAGGGCUUGUGAAUGUAACACAGACCAAGAGCAUCUCACCGAUCCUUUUCAUGUUUUAUUUUGUUGUUUUCCUUCAUAUUCUUUUUGAAUUUCAUGUUAUCUUGUCAGAACCUUUUUUUUUAAUUCUAUUUUUCUAUUUUUUCCUUUGUGUGCGUGUGUGUUUAUUCUUAUUUGUGAUGUGAGGAAGGUAAGGGCUUUUGAGCGCUGACGAGGGACGAACCCUACCUCUAAUAAACCCAGGUCAUGUUACUGUAAGCAGAGCAUAGCGUGUCUAUGCAUGUGGGCAAAUCGCAAUGGACAGAGCAGUCAGAUACUUACAUGAUUCCAGUGAGUGUAUUCAAAGUGUUGGCCUUAGACUGGCAGAUGUGUUUGAGCUCCUCUUGCCUCAUUUCUAUCUGUAUGAAUGAAAGCACAGUGUACAGGCUUCUGUCACCACCUUCAGCAACUGCAGUCUAUCUCUGUCUCGUAUCUAUUUCUGUGCAAAAUGCCUCGUAGGGGCCUCCAACACUUAACUGUGUAUUAAAAGAUCCAACCAAAAAUAUUUGGUAAGCGGUUGUCCAGCAUACAGGAAAACAGUUGACUGUUGGAGACACCCUGACCUUUAAAUGCAUAUGGUACUGGCGCGUUCUGUGGUGGAUGUUCAUGUAAAUGUGUCUCCUCUCUACUGUAUGACUCUACAGUAUAAUCAACUAUCACAGUUCUGUGCAUUUUUGUAGCUGAGAAUAUGUGUGGUUUUAAAAUGAAAACAAUGUUGUAAUAAAACUUAAGUGGUAUAACCAG